UAUAGAGAGAAGAGGAGGGUAAAGUGAGAUAUGAAAGCAGCGUUAGCGUUUCAUCAUCCCUCUACUAUAUCUCGCUCGAUCUUCUUCUCAUCAUCCCUUUCCCUUUUAAAAUUUUACCCCAAACUAAACACCAAUAAUAAGAAUUUGACUCAUCAAAAUCAAAUCCUCCACGGCAGUGGCGGUAGGAGUAUAAGGAUAAUGGCUUCCUCCGCCUCCGCCUCUGUGGCCGAACAAGCAAGGGCCCCUCCUGCUCUUCCUUUGCCCACUCCCCCUGUUGACAAGUUUAUGAUUGCGUUGUGCCAAAUAACCGUAACUCCCGAUAAGGAGAGGAACAUCGCCCAUGCUCGUAGCAAGAUCCAGGAGGCUGCCGCUAAGGGCGCCAAGCUUGUUCUCUUGCCCGAAAUAUGGAAUAGUCCAUAUUCAAAUGAUUGCUUCCCUGUCUAUGCCGAGGACAUUGAUGCAGGUGGUGAUGCUUCUCCUUCCACAACCAUGCUCUCUCAACUUUCUCGUAAUCUCAACAUAACUAUUGUUGGUGGCUCUAUACCCGAACGCUCUGGAGAUCGAAUUUUUAAUACUUGUUGCGUCUUUGGUACUGAUGGAAACCUCAAAGCUAAGCACCGCAAGAUACAUCUCUUCGAUAUUGACAUUCCUGGGAAGAUUACCUUUAUGGAGUCAAAGACUCUCACCGCAGGGGAGACUCCUACCAUUGUGGAUACAGAAGUUGGGCGAAUUGGUAUAGGCAUCUGUUAUGACCUUCGGUUUCAGGAACUGGCAAUGAUAUAUGCAGCAAGAGGGGCUCACUUGCUAUGCUAUCCUGGGGCAUUUAACAUGACUACUGGACCAUUGCAUUGGGAGUUAUUGCAGAGGGCAAGGGCUGUAGAUAAUCAGUUGUAUGUAGCAACAUGUUCACCUGCUCGAGAGGCUGGGGCUGGUUAUGUGGCUUGGGGCCACUCCACUCUUGUUGGACCAUUUGGAGAAGUCCUGGCAACUACUGAACACGAGGAGGCUAUAAUCUUGGCAGAGAUUGAUUAUUCAUUACUUGAGCUCCGGAGGACAAGUCUCCCCUUGUUAAAGCAACGACGAGGUGAUCUUUACCAAUUGGUAGAUGUUAAAAGGCUAAAUUCUCAGUGACUGGAGAAAGGAAUUCUAGAGGACUGUUGUGAUGUGUGGGACGAAUUUCAGUUAGAAAAUGUUAGUGCAAUAAAAAUGUGAGCAUUAUAUUUUAGGACUCUGUUUGCAUAAACAUUUCGGAGAAUAUUGUGUGGUUGUAGUCGGUGAUUUGGAGCUUGCAUUUUGGGCUUGUGUUGUACUUUUGUGUAUUAUUAAUAUGUUGGAAAAUUCCCAAGCUUUAUAUUGCAUAUAUAUUUAAAUAGGAUAAAACUUAGGUACAAUACUUAGAUGCUGUUCCUUAGGUUUAUCUCUUAAGAUUCAA